AUGACGACGUCUUCUGACACGCCACCAUAUUGCCUAUGGCGUCGGGGGAGCCUUUUCAGCAUCAUAACAGUUGCCGAUUCAGUUCUCUUGGCCCGAUCCUGCCCGAGAAGACUGUUGGGAGUCGUCACCUCUUUGUGUGCCAGUUCUCCCAUGUUCCUCCUCUACGAAAGCCAAUUCCACAUACAUAGCGUCUCAACGUUGCGCCUCUUCCAUCUGACGAGCCUACUCAUUACAUUGCAUGGCUUCCUAUUCACCCUAUCUCCCUUGCGCACCAACAAAAAACCUUCUGUAGACACCCUUCGUUCUCCAGUAUUAUAUAACACGUUAAAGAAUAUAGGCCCUUAA